AUGCCGCUUCCGCCCCUCCCUCUCCUGCUUCGGAGAUCUCCUCGCGUCGCGGUCCGGGUCGUCCCCGCAAGGACACAGGUCGUCCCCGCAAGGACACAGGUCGUCCCCGCAAGGACACAGGUCGUCCCCGCAAGGACACCGGUCGUCCCGCUGCCCCGCCCGACGGCGGGGGCGGGGCAGCGGGUGGAGCAGCUUCUCAGCCUUCGACGCCCUCUUCUCCACGACCUUGGUCGGCAUCUCCUCCUUCAACGACAGCACCGUCUACGUCUGCACCAGCGGCCCCCGUCACUCCUUCUGCGAUUGCGACAUCGGCUCGCCGUCCUGGUCGCCCUCGCAAGAGUCCUCCUGCUUCCAGGGAGCCAGCCCUCUUGGAUCUGUCCGACCACAGGGGACAUCGCCGAUGACAUCAUCGACAGCGGCGUCGGCGCUCCACACGACUUCUCCGUGACCAUCGGCAACCGCAGUGGCGCCAACAUCAAGGAGAGCCUCUUCAACGAAGGCUGCGCAUGGAUGACGAAGCGUGCAGUUCGUGGCGUCACCAGCAUGGAGCGCGGAGACAUGAACGGAAACCUACACCUCCAGGGCAUCUGGACCCUGGCCCUGAAGAAGGACUUCGGUGACAGCAAGAAGGAGGAGGCGGCCUUGAGGAGGAAGCUUCGGGUGGACUGCGGGUGGACUGCGGCGGACAAGGUGAAGAUCACCAUCAAGCGCCUCAUCAAGCAACAGACAUUCAGCGGGAUGGUCGGGGACUGCUCGAAGGACGAAGGACGAUCACACUUCAAGACGGUCACCAAGGGCGUGUCGCGGACCGAGGUCAAUAUCGCCCUCACCGAGUACCGCACCCUCCAGCGAUCCGUCGUCUCCGAGCUUCGAACCGAGAUCGGGAAGAAGAACUUCUGGGGUGUCCUUCGGCGCUUCAAGCAGGAGCACUUGCGCGGGAUCUCCGUCUCACCGGUGCAGCUGAUCUCGUGGUACAUCAACGACGGGGAGGGGAUGCCCAGCCACACGUGGAUCUGCCCGACCAGCGCAUUCGCUAUGGAGGCCGCGCGCGCCGAUGCCUACUUCACGGCGCUGAUGUCCCCAUCGCUCUUUACGCGCAAGGACGCCUACUUGCUCUUCUUCUCCGGCGGGCAGGGCGGGCGCGUGAGCGGUCCUUCGAGAAGUGGGACUACCAGGACCGCGAGUUCUCCGAGAUGA